GAGUGCCAUCGAUCAACCAUCGUGACCAGACGCCCGGUGUGGCAGAGCUCAUGACUAGUCAUGGCAGUGCUUGAAUAGCAGUCAAGCUGACUGGGUGUGUGCGUGUGCAUCGAUAAGUUUAAUAUUAUAAUAUACAAUUUACGUUAACGUUUACGCAUACAUCGAUCAAUCGUUACAAUCUGUCGAACAAAAUACAAAACAUUUUAAUAUACAUAACAUUUAACAUUUUAGAUAUACAUAUUUAACUGUUUAUAGUAUAUAAUAGAUAUACCUACAUUGUAGGUGUAAACUAUAUGUAAAUUUACGUGGAUGUGAAAACCCUGACAAAAUGACCGAAUGGCCGUGGCUGAUGAUUAUACUGGCUCUCAUUAGCACGGUUCAAUGGCCUACUUCAACAACACAACAAACAAAAGACAAUAAUUCAUACUGGGAAGGGUAUAUAAGGUCUUCAGCAAGGAAUAGGCCGAAAAGAACACGUUUUUUUGAUCAAGAUACUACUGCAACUACAGCCAUCACAUCAAGUUAUAAGGAAUAUCAAAAAGUUGAACCUGUUAUUAAUAUUAAAAAUAUAAAUGUAAGAGAUUUACCACCAGCAAACUUGACCAAAUCAUUAUUUACAAAUGAAAAUACAACCAAUAAUACCAAUAAGCAACCCAGCGCCGGUGGAAAAUUAUCUAAAACAAAAAUGUCACCAAUUGUUUUUCCAAAUCCAACAGUUUCAAUCAACAAAUUUAUACCAGAUCCACAAGUAAUCGAAAAAUGUUCAUUGAACGAAACUUUUUGUGUCAAAGUUGAUAAUUAUCCAAGAAAAGAUUUAUCCGAUCUUUUUAGAACCAGCAAAUAUAUGUCACCUUCUUAUUUUGGAACAGAUACUGUAACUAAUGAAAUACAGACAAGAAUAUCCAAUAGUAAUCUUGAAACAUUUUGUGAAUCAAAAGAAGAUGUAAUAUUUCCGGAAGCAGGUGUUACAAAAAACAAUGAAUGGCGUUAUAUUAUACAAGACCCAAAUAAUGACGAUCCAAGUUUUAGACAAGGGAUUCGAGUGGAGAAAUGUAUAGAUGCUGGAAAGAACUGCAAAUUUAAUAAUCUUUUACCACUUGGAUACACAUCAAUUUGUGUACAAAAAUAUAUCUAUAAAAAAAUGGUUGCCAUUAAAGAUUCUAAAGAAGUAUAUUAUGAAAGUUUUAAAAUACCAUCAUGUUGUGAGUGCAUGUAUAGUAUUAGUCCAGAUGCAGAUCUAUUAACAAGGUUUAAUCAGAAUCGAUCGGAAACUUCAAAAAAAAACAAAUACAACAACAAUUAAAAAGGUUAAGAUACAUACACAAAAUAUAAAGUAUAUUUUAAUCUGUAAAAUGAUAUAAUGUAAUUUCGUAACAAUGUGUAAAUAUGUGUACUCUUUAUUAAACAUUUGGUUGAUAUAACUAACAUUUUUUUUUAGACACAAAUUAAUAUAAAUUAUAUUUAUUAGAAAUUAACGUAUAACUUAUGCAUUAAUUUUUAUAAGAAUUAUUUGUGUGACACAUGAUAUCACUUAUAAUAGAAACUUAUUACAAUGUAAAA